AUGGAGGCUCUUGACAUGGACAAGUGCAACACUUGCGGCGGCAAGAAGGGGAAGAAUGGUGCCGAGCUCAAGAAGUGUUCGCGAUGCUCCAAGACGAAGUACUGCUCUGUUGAAUGCCAGAAGGAGGAUUGGAGCAAGCACCGAAAGACUUGUGGCAAGAACUGA